AUGGCGCUGUUCGGGAAGAAAAAAAAACCUGAGACACGACCUCCAAAGCCGACAAUGAAGAGUAUUUUAACGGCGUUUUUGGCCACCCAAGCCGCAAUAUUCCUCUUGUUGCUCGCCGGUCUAUCCCUCGCUGGCACGGCCGUGGCAUUUAUCGCCACCAUGCCGCUAUUCCUCGUCUUCAGUCCGGUUCUCGUACCAGCGGGUAUUACAACUACUUUGCUAGCUACGGGUUUAGCGGCCUCCGGUGGCUCCGGUGUGACGGCUCUCACCAUUAUCAUGUGGAUCUACAAGUAA